AUGGGUCUCAACAAUCACAGUUCAAACAUAUUCCAAAGCUGUUUUGUGCCUUCUGGAGGUAAAAAUGAAAAAGUUUUAUGUAAUAAUCCAACGCUCUCUUCGCCGCGACCAAUAAGAUUCCGUUUUAUCAAAGAAACUAAUGAUGUAACUGAAGAGGAAAUAACACACGUCAAAAACGCUAUUACCUCUUUAGUCCCAACAGAGGUCGACCUAGGAGGGAAAAAGUUAUUAAUCAAGCACAAAUUUAUCAUGAUCAUGGUAGAUGAAAAGGUCUGCCAUGCAGCUACAGGCACAAAGUCUACGAGUAGGUGCUACAUAUGUGGGGCAACCUCGAAAGAUUUUAAUAAAUUGGAUUACAAAGGAGAAGUGAAUUUUACAGCCCUUGAAUUCGACAUAUCUGUGUUACACGCUAGAAUUCUAUUAUUUGAAUGCAUCCUACACUUAGCAUAUAAACUUAAAGUGAAAAAAUAUAGAGGAAGAAAAUCGAAAGAGGAGAAAGACCUAGAAGAUCAAACCAAAAGAGAGAUACAAACAAGGUUCCGCACUGAAACAGGUUUACUAAUAGAUAUGCCUAAAUCCAAUUUCGGGAAUACAAAUGAUGGAAAUACUAGCAGAAGGUUCUUUGAGAAUCCCACAUUAGCUGCAGAAAUAACUGGCAUUACCUAUUAA